CAAAUCCCCGGCGGUUUGGUGUGACCGGGGUGAGCAACCUCUGACCCUUGUCUGGCCUUGCUAGCCGGCCGGCCUGUCUGCCUGCCUGUCUGUGCUCCGCUCCUCACGCUGGCGUCGUUUGCUCAGUCCGGCUCCUUACUUAGGAGUCUUUGUGCCCGUCAUCACAUCCAGGUCAGAGCGUGGUUCCUGCUUUCAUCUUAGUUUCAUCCUCGGUAUCUUUCCAGCUUCCUCUUCGCAACAUUUCUCGAGGCCUUUAGCACUACUAUAGUUUCUGUCGUGGUGCACAUUCCCCGAACAUCAAAGAUCAAACAUCACGCACAGCAAUCAUGGCAUCAGGAUCGACAGACUGUUACCGUGGAUCACGCAGGGAGUCCACCGCGUCCACAAAGUCACGGAGCAGCAGCCGCCGCCCCAGGUUAUUAAGAGCAGCCGCGACAGAGCCUUCCAUCACCACCGUCCAUUCGCCAAGUGGUUUACUUACCAACCCAAACACCAAUCGCCGGGCGACUGAUUUGCUCAACAUGGUGGUCGUGUCAAAGACUUCGUACCCCCCUUCAUCACCAUCAUCCAGUCAGAGCCUUUCCCUAGAGGCUCAGUUGAGAGCCGACCAGCAACUCUCGGGCGGGAACCUUCAUCAAUCACCAUAUUCCGCAUGUUACUUCAGCUUUCCCAGUUUCGAUACUUGGGAAGAUGAAGAGGACAAUGACGACGAAAAGUCGUCCAGUCGGACAUGAUGGGGUCCCGGCCGCGGCAUCCAGCGCGCGGAGAUGUAUCAUUAAGAGCUCUUGGGACCACCAGUGGACAGGCACGACAUGCCUGGCUGCUGUGCCUGGUUUGAGCUAUGUAAUUGGUCUGCGUCCGAAAUGGCACGAUAUGGGCUGCAGACGUGACACCGUGCGGGUCAAAUAGCGGGCGGCGUUGAUUCGAGCGGAGAGUAUCAGCGUGGGUUGGCGUACACGGUAUUGGUUUUUCAUUGGUACGGCGUUUGAAAGGCUUGCGAUAUGCGCCUAGGUCUUGGCUUCAUGAUAUCCCACUACUCUGCAACAGAGGCAGAACAGCGAAGUUCGAAUAUAUUCUUCUCAGUCAUGGGCAUGAUGAUCUGCCUGCA